UUUUCACUCCUGGGGGUGAAAAGUCUUGGGAGGAACAGUUUUGGGGGUGAAACGUCUCACACCCAAAAUUUACUGUGUACGAAAAACACCGGAAGUUGUAUUUUCACACAUGUUUUGUGGAAACUUUGUAAAUUUACAAGUUUUAAUCAAGAAUAAGGAUUCUGACAGUAAACAGCAGAAAUGUCUUCUACUGGUUUUCAGAGAAAAUUGGACCUUGCGCCAACAGCUUCAAUUGACAAAGUUGCACUAAAUAAUAGGGUUGUGUUAAUGAGGGCAAUUGUCAGACGUUCCAAGUUACACCUUAUAAACGCACUUGUUAAGAAGGUGCAUAAACUAAGGGACAAAAAGGGCACAGAAGGUCAGAAAAGUCAAAAUAAAAACAAAGCUGACAGAAUGCUGGAAGAUAUAAAAAUAAUCAAGGUGUUGAAACCAGACUAUGUUUCCAAGUAUGCCCUGGGUACAACUGAAAAAUUUGAAGACCUGGCUGCAAAGCCAGGUACUUCAGCAGACAUGCGUGCCUUAGCCAGGCUGGCUGCACAUAAGUUUAUAAUGCAAGAGGUAGGUAAGUUCCGACAUGAGCAUGAAGACUGGAAGGAACUUGCAGCAUACCUUAUGACCAAACACACAUCAAGAGAAUUUAAAAAGAAGAAAACAAAAGAAAAGUUGAAAAAAGUUGAAACAAAUGUGAAAGCAUCAGAAACUCUUGUUCAGAAAUACCUGGGUGAGAAACUAGAAGGCAGAAACGAUCUGGACCAUGAAGUUAAUGAAAGAAACAAUGAUGAUAAUGAUGAUGUUGAUGACAGUAGUGAUGAAGCUGAUGAAAGUGUAAAGGAUAUAGUUGAAAAGAAAAACAGAAUUAUAAAUGAUAGGGGGAGAACUGAUAGCUUAACAACAGAGAUUAGAAAUAUAGAAUCUGUAAGAAAAAAGGGUAUAAAUCAGAAUUUUUGCAGUUUAAAAAGUAACACUACACAAAAGCAGACAGAUAAGAAAAAUGCAAAAAAUUCUAUUCAAAGUGAAGUUCAAAGUGAAAAUGUUGAUAGUGAUAGUAUCAGUGAUGAAGACAGUAUUUCUAGAGUUGCAAAUAGUAGUAAAGAAGAGGAAGAAGAUUAUGAUGAGAGUAUUGAAGAAGACGAUGAUGAAUGUAGUGAAGGUAAUAGUGAUGAAUAUAGUGAAGAUGAUGGAGAUGAUAAUGAAGGUAGUAAGAAUGAUGAGGAGGAGGAUGAGAGUAGUAGUAGUGUGUCAGAGGAUGAUGCUGAUGAUAAUGAACAGGACCUUUCUAAAAAACUAACUUCAGAUAAGAUGAUUAAACACAAAGCAAAGCUUCUAGACAUGAAAACAAAUAUACCUGAUUCUAAGGGAGUUUUAUCCAAGAAAAGUUUACAUAAACAAAAAGACUCAAAAAGUGAUAAAUUCACAAAAACUACUGAGAAGAAAAAGGUUUUAAAAGAAAAAAUUGAAGGUGACAUGAUCGUAAAGAAACUGGAUUUAGCAAAAGAUUUUGUUGAAGACGAAAUCCCUAAAAUAUUAUUGAGUGAAAAGGAAGAUAAACCUGUGAAGCGUAAAAAGAAAACAAAAGAUCUGUUUUUUGAUACUGGUGAGGAUGAUGAUUGUGGAUCUAAUAACAAAGAUACAACUGAAGUAAAUGAUGACGGUAACUGUGAAAGUGUUGAUAAUGAAGCGAUUGACAGUGAUAUGGGAAGGAACUUUGAAAGUAGUAUUCAGCCAACAAUGACGGCAUUUACGACCUGCUUUGUUGGUUCCUUGAAGUCUAGUGACAUGAUGGCUUGCAAGGAUAGUCAAUACAGGUCUAACGAAGAUUGGAAAAGAAUCAGGCAUGAAACCAAAGAACAGAAAAUGGGGAGGGGCAGAGGAUCAAGCCCUUCAUUCUCCAGAGGUCGAGGGUAUGGACCAGCGUUGAGAGGCAGAGGUUCUUCAAACAGCUAUGUAGCAGAUAGAGACAGAGGUAGAGGGUUUUCAGAUGGUUUUAGAGGCAGGGGAUUUUCACAAGGGCCUAGAGGUCAAGAGUUUUCUGAAAGCAGAGGAAGAGGCUCAGAAGGGUUUCGAGGCAGAGGAAGAGGCUCAGAAGGGUUUCGAGGCAGAGGAAGAGGCUCAGAAGGGUUUCAAGGGAGAGGAAGGGGUCGCGGAUUUGAAAGACCUGGAAGAGAAGAUGGCCAAAAUGAUAGAAGAGGACUGGGAAACACGCAGAAGCAAGGGGGUCUUCACCCGUCCUGGGAAGCCAGUAAGAAACGUAAACAGGAACAGAAGGCAGUUCUCCAAGCUUUUGAAGGAAAGAAAAUAAAAUUUGACUAAUAAGACUGAAAAAAAAAUAACAAUAAAAAAAAUUCUGUCUAUAAUCAGCAGAAAAACUGAGUUUGAUUUCAGAAAUUUAGAUAUCUCUACUGUUUGAUCCUUUUAAAUUAACCCAUAACAGGCUUCUUUAAAUGUUACGGUCCAGAUAUAAACUAUAAUUUUUAUAUCAUAAAGGGAAGAAGAAUAAGGUGAAUAAUGUCAAUUUUAUGGCUGAAAAUUUAUUUUCCCCAUGAAAAAAUCUGGCAAAAUCAAAAUGUCCAUUAAACAAAUUUGAAAAUCUGCAUACGUUUUGCAUAGAAAUAUUGCUUUUAUGCUAACCAAGAUUAUCCUGGAAGUUUUUUAUCAAUCUUUACAAAUAAAGUUCAUCAGAAAUGUCAGAAAUUUACAUAUUUUUUUCUAUAAAUUCAACAUUAACAGCAUGUUGGAAAUUGAGAAAAAUGAUUAUUACCUGCUUCUGAGUUGUUUAGACUGAUACAUGUAUAAUAUCAAUAGUAUUGGCUUAUGUUUAAAGAGAGAUUCUAAGAAAAAACUUGUUGCAGAAAAGGUAGAUCAUACAGCAGUGAAAACACCACUGGGAUGACUAAACUGAAACUGAAUAAUUUGAUUAAAUGCUUAUUUCUAUACAAUGACAUACUCAGCGGUGUUGUACAUAAUAGCAAUAAUAAUAAUGAUGAUGAUGAUGUAAUUAACUUUUUAUAAACAAACAGUCAUGACCACAACCUGUCCCCGGAGGCCAUUUUACCCCUAUUGCUGAAUACCAGUGCUUAAAACCUUACAUGGUACGCCCAGACACUGCAUAUAGAGGUUCAAAUGCCAUCACUUAUUAUUUCAAAAAAAAAAAAGAAAUACCAUACACUACCCUACCCAUAGAGCCUGUACCAGCAAGUACAUUUAAUUUAAGAAACCUUAAAAAUAUAAGUGUUUAAAUAUAAACACUUAAAAAAACUUAAGCCAUCACCUGCUGUUAUCCCAUAUAAAACAAUUAUCAAAAUAUUUAGAACAGUGUUGUACCUGUAGAUGUUUGUUUUUCUAAUGAUUUUCAAUAAUGGGAAAGAAACUACUUGUCUAUAGAGAGGUGUUUGUUCUAUGGUGUCUAUAGAGAGGUGUUUGUCCUAUGGUGUCUAUAGAGGGGUGUUUGUCCUAUGGUGGUUAGGAAUGAAAAAGGGACAAAAUUCCCCCACUUCCCACCCCCCUGCUCAAUUUGACCAAGGUGGACAGUCCACUUUGAUUUUUUUUCAGUUAUGUCAAGAUAUUCACUUGUUUCCAUUUUAAUAAAGAUUUGUAGUGAUCUUUUUAAAAAGUAUUUUUUUUAAUUCAUGUUAAUUUUUUUAAAUUCUUAAAGUUCUUGUUUUACAAAAUGAAAGAGUGGAUUUUAUUCACCUUGGUCAAAUUGAGCAGUAGGGAUGUUGUCUGGGGAAUUUUGUCCUGCUCUCAAACUGUUUUGCUUAUUUAAAAAAAAUCGUUAAUAUUGUAAUCUAAGUUUGUUAAGUCUGGUACAUGUUCUGAUUGCAAAGACUUACUUUAUGAUAUAUAUGAAUAAAUAAAAAAAAAUGACAA